UUCAAUUUGAAACCGCCGCUUUCUCCCAAGUUCAAAAACGCACACCUGAAAUCUCCCUCUGAUUCUUCGAAUUCAAACCGAUCCGUGCCUCCACCGUCUAUCGAAUCCGAUCGGAUCCGCUGCUUUCAUCUCUGCGCAUGGAAGAUUCCUGCAAAAGAAACGAUUUUAAUGUCCGACGCCUUAGCCUCAUCGACGUCUGCUCCGAGGACGAUUCCCUCCUCCUCAAUUCUUCACUCGCUGAUUCCCUCCACCAUCAGUCUUCAGAAAAUCAGGAACACGGAAAUGCUGAGUUGUUGGAGAAUGUGUAUGCUAAUAUAUUAGAGGACACAAUUGGCCCUCUUGAACGGAAAGAACGUGUGCUUCAACCAUCUGAAUCGCCGGAACCUGAAAUGACAAGAAAAAAUGGCAAAUAUAACUUGCGUAAAAGCUUAGCAUGGGAUAGUGCUUUCUUCACAAGUGCAGGUGUUCUGGAACCGGAUGAGCUAUCUUGCAUUAUUGAAGGAGUUGAAAAGGGUGAAAAACAAAAAUUAACGGGGAUUCAAGAGGAGGUACAACGAUCUGCUGAUUCAAUCUCUACUUUAGAAAGCGAUGGUUUGACAUUAGAAAGUCUUGAGUCGGAUUUGUUUGAAGAUGUUAGAGCUUCGAUCCAAAAGUCCAGUAAAGUUUCCAAUGCCGCAAAAGCAAGAAGCAAAACAGGAUCAGGAGUGGCAGAAACACAGCCCAUUUGCUCUAAAAAGAAAGUGGACCUUGCGUCUCGGAGUAAGAUUAAGGCUAACCUAGUUUCCAGCAAGCCAAAUGUACGAUUGCAAGCAUCAGCGAAAUUGACAAACCAGGUUUCUGUUUCUCCACGAGUGUCACAGUCGUUUGCUUCAAGGAGAGAGUCUACUUCAUCCCUUGCAAAGCGACCAAUGGUACUAGUCAAGGACACUCCAAGCUCAACACCAUUAACCAAAAGAGCUUCUCUGUCCGAUAACCAUGCCAAAUUGGGAAAGGAUGCAAAAAUUGCAAGUGGUAGAGGGGCUCCAGUUUCAAAAAUACCUGCUUCGGGUGGUUCACGGAAUAAUGUUCCUAGGCCCCCAGUGUCUUAUAAAACAUCUUCUUUGGGCUCAUCAGUUGUGACCAAGACACAAACAACUUCCUCUUUUGAUAGUUCUGGCAGUGUGUCUUCUGACAGCGUUAGUAAAUCUUCUACCAAAUCAAUGAAAACAAAAAAAGAUUCCAUAACUGGUCGCCCGCCUUCCUUUGGUGCAACCUCCAAAACGCCAUCAAGAACUUCGUCAAGAAAUAAAGUUCAGUCUGGUAGUCCUCAUCUCUCGGCUAUGUUGAUUUCUUCAUCCAAGGUUGCCCCUAGUACUUCACCUGCAAGCUCUAUCAGUGAAUGGUCUUCAGAGUCAUAUUCAUCAAAUUCUACUGUUAAACAAAGGUCUAAUAGCUCAAGAGCCAGCCUUGAAAGUACUUGCAAAGAGGCCUCCGUAGAUGGUGAUGUGCCUCAUGUUUUGGAAGCUCUAAACCAAUGUAAUGAGCAAGGUUCAGUUGGGCAUGAAAUCCAGGUAAUUGAAUCACUUGGUGAAUGUGUAAAGAAAGCUUCAUCAGCAUCUGGUGCACUUCCUCAUUUGGCUUCUAUGAGACCUUCAGGCCUUCGGUUGCCAUCACCUAAAAUUGGCUUCUUUGAUGGGGUGAAAUCAACUGGACGAACUCCACCUGGAAUUAUGUCAUCUCAUCCAGUGCCACGUGGUGGCUUGCCUAAAACUGGAGCAGGAAAUGUUACCCCAAAUGGAGGCCCAAACAAGGCAAAAUCAGGAAAUCCUCAAACUUGUAGAACUCUAAUGGCAAUCAGGAGCAUAAAAGCUGAUCCUCAGCGAACUUUGGUGAAUACGAAAUCUAAAUCUCCUACACCUCUUAAAGAAUCAUUGGUUGCUGCAAUCAGAAGCUCUAGUGCAUCAAGGAAUGUCAAAAGCUGUCCUGGCAUAUCUCCAAGAGUUCAAAACAGAUUAUCUCCAAAAGUUCAAAGUAGAUUAUCUCCGAAAGGUGGUGGAGAAAGUCAGUUGAAGGACAAGGAAAUUGAAGCUGAAGGAUGUGAUAUUGGUAUGUGUGCUUCUGAUAUUGGAAUAGCUGAGAAGAAUGGUAGCCUUGAUGUUUUGAAGGAUAAAGUGUGUUCAGAAACCAAGGGCAGUAUCCCUACAACUGAUAUGAACGUCAUUCCUAUUAAUGGAGAGCUUAAUACGAGUGAUUCAGGUUCUAAUUUUCUUGUUGAAAAGGAUAUGUCCUAUCAGAAAGUGGGCGAAGAAGCAAAAUAUGUCCAAGCUGAUCUUAAGAAUGAUUUGCCUGUAAUUAAAAUCACUAAUGUGGAAGAAAAGUUUGAGUUUGAAGAUCAAGUUGAUGACGUGAGCAGACAAGUUGGAGCUAUGGAUAUAAAUAAGGAGAGUCUGGACAAGAACAUUGGCGAUUCUCUUUCUCUUUCUCAGUUAAAUGUUGGUGGCAAAGAUAUUUCUGGUGCUCUGGAGUUGUCCUGUCAAAGGGAGCUUCAUGGUCGUACCCAACAGGAUGAAUAUUUGAAAUGUUUGUCAAAACCUGUCCCCUCUAACUCUCCAACCACCUUUGAGAUUACGUCCAGCAUGAGGACACCUUUUUCUGAGAAGGAUUCUUUUUGUAAUAUGGAUGGGUUUUCUGAUGUUUUAACAGGCAUGAAAGUUGUAGAGGUAGAGAAGGCAGCUGUCUUGACUGCUCUAGAAAGCAGUAUGAAGGAAAACAGCUGAGAUACUGCAACAGCAUAAGCAUUUAAUUUUCAAGCAUCUUCUAUUCAUGGUUUGAGGGAAUGGAUUAUCAUGCCUGAAGACAAUUGUUUCAGAUCGAGAAGCAUGUCGGUGUAUGAAACCAAUAGAUGAUGUCUUAAUAGAGCUAUCCAAUUGGUAGGCCGCCAUUCAAGUUGUAUAUUGCAUAUGGAAUGCAUGUUCAACUACGCGUUUACAAGAUGUCUUUGCUUAGUUUUAGAUGACGUGCAUCGGAUGGGGUGCCACACUUUUUGACAACUCUGAAUAACUAUUUGUGAAUGCUUUAGGAGACAACUGAUUGAAGAAACACUAAAAUGUUUUGUUAGGUUUCAUUUUAUGCAUUAGUCAAUUACAUUUGGGAUAACU